GCGGGCCGCGCCGCGCUCCGUGCGCCUCCGGGGCCUGAGGCCGCCGUUGUUCGCGCUCCCCGCAGGGCGCCCCGGGCCGCGCCGGGAGCCCCAUGUGAGAAGCGGCCGUCGAGGCGGGCGGGCGGGCGCACCGCGACCCGCCGGGGCCGCGGGAGAAAAUGACAUCGCGGAGAUGGUUUCAUCCAAAUAUUACUGGGGUGGAGGCAGAAAACCUCCUGUUAACACGAGGAGUAGAUGGCAGCUUUUUGGCACGGCCCAGCAAAAGUAACCCAGGAGACUUCACACUCUCUGUUAGACGAACUGGAGCUGUCACCCACAUCAAGAUCCAGAACACAGGAGACUACUAUGACCUCUAUGGAGGAGAGAAGUUUGCUACGUUGGCUGAGUUAGUCCAGUAUUAUAUGGAACAUCAUGGACAGCUGAAGGAGAAGAAUGGAGAUGUUAUAGAGUUGAAAUACCCACUGAACUGUGCUGAUCCUACAUCUGAAAGGUGGUUUCAUGGGCAUCUCUCUGGAAGAGAAGCUGAAAAACUAUUAACAGAAAAAGGAAAACAUGGAAGCUUUCUUGUGCGUGAGAGUCAAAGCCACCCUGGGGACUUUGUGCUUUCUGUCCGGACUGGAGAUGAUAAAGGAGAGAGUAAUGAUGGGAAAUCCAAAGUGACACACGUCAUGAUUCACUGCCAGGAUCUAAAAUACGAUGUUGGUGGAGGAGAGAAAUUUGACUCUCUGACAGAUCUAGUGGAACAUUACAAGAAGAACCCUAUGGUAGAAACUCUGGGCACAGUAUUGCAGCUCAAGCAGCCUCUGAAUACUACCCGUAUUAAUGCUGCAGAGAUUGAAAGCAGAGUGAGAGAGCUAAGCAAGCUAGCAGAGACUACAGAUAAAGUCAAGCAGGGCUUCUGGGAAGAAUUUGAGACUUUACAGCAGCAAGAAUGUAAACUUCUCUAUAGUCGUAAAGAAGGGCAGCGUCAGGAAAACAAAAACAAAAACAGAUACAAAAACAUUUUACCCUUUGAUCAUACCAGAGUUGUUCUACAUGAUGGUGAUCCAAAUGAACCUGUUUCAGACUACAUCAAUGCUAACAUUAUUAUGCCUGAGUUUGAAACAAAGUGUAACAACUCAAAGCCAAAAAAAAGCUACAUUGCUACUCAAGGUUGCCUACAGAAUACAGUGAAUGAUUUUUGGAGAAUGGUGUUCCAGGAGAAUUCUCGGGUGAUUGUUAUGACAACAAAAGAAGUUGAAAGAGGAAAGAGUAAGUGUGUCAAAUACUGGCCUGACGAGUAUUCCCUGAAGGAGUACGGUGUUAUGCGGGUUAGGAAUGUUAAGGAGAGUGCAGCACAUGAUUACACACUAAGAGAACUUAAGCUUUCUAAAGUUGGACAAGGGAACACAGAGAGGACAGUCUGGCAAUAUCACUUCAGAACUUGGCCUGAUCACGGAGUCCCAAGUGACCCUGGAGGUGUACUAGACUUCCUAGAGGAGGUCCACCAUAAGCAGGAGAGCAUUUCUGAUGCAGGACCAGUUGUGGUCCACUGCAGUGCUGGGAUUGGGCGAACAGGAACAUUCAUUGUGAUUGAUAUUCUGAUUGACAUAAUCAGAGAAAAAGGUGUGGACUGUGAUAUUGAUGUUCCAAAGACCAUUCAGAUGGUGAGAUCCCAGAGGUCAGGAAUGGUUCAGACAGAAGCACAGUACAGGUUUAUUUACAUGGCAGUGCAGCACUACAUUGAGACUCUGCAGCGCAGGAUUGAAGAGGAGCAGAAGAGUAAGAGGAAAGGUCAUGAAUACACAAACAUAAAAUAUUCUUUAUCGGACCAGACAAGUGGAGAUCAGAGUCCUCUUCCACCCUGCACCCCAACCCCAACGUGUCCAGAAAUGAGAGAAGAUAGUGCUAGAGUAUAUGAAAAUGUGGGGCUGAUGCAACAGCAGAAAAGUUUCAGAUGAGAAGAUGUACAGAGACUUCCAUGCAAAGGCAGAUAUUAAUAUGGUUUUUAAAAAGGUCAAGAAAGAGAUGGAAGAAGCUUCACAAGAAUGGUGAACUCUGAGGGCUUGGUACCUUUUUAUUUACGGUUUGAAUCCUCCAACAGUAGGCAAAACUUAAGACCAUCUAAAGAUUGUUUUUAUCUCUUCUCUCCAAUACCUGAUUCACAGUUGCUCAUUUUCCAAAUAAAAGGAAAUCCUUUCUACAAUGUAGACAAAUACUUUGUAGAGUCAGUUUUGAAUCCAGCAAACUGUUGGACUGUCAUGCAUUUGUUUUUUUAAAUAGUAUUUUUGUUUCACAGUAUGGCUAUUAGUUGGGGUUUUUUUGUUAUUUGAGAAGUUGUGGGAUAUUUCUUGGGGGGCUGGAGGGGUGGGUGGUGGGAGAGCAAUGACAUGGAUAAAUCCGUUACACUAAUGUAAAAUACUGGUGGGAACAAUACUUGAUUGUUUGAAAACAGUGGAUCACCAGCAUGAAUAGAGUCACCUACAUGGUAAAAUUAGUCCUAACACAUUUCAAACUCAGACUGAGUUUCAUUGGGGUGAGCAGUUACUGAUAUGAAGGUGCUUUUUGUGAUAACUGAUGGCUUUGAUUACGACUUCGCUGAGUGGCUGGAUGGUCUGUUUUUCAGUAAUUAUGCAAGGUAGCCUUUACAUCACAUGAAAUUUCUUUUAGAUGAUCUCUCCCCAAAAUGGCAAUUUCCUGUAUCUCUCAAAAGACACUGUGGCCUAGUGGCUUGUGAGGACACUGUCUGUGGUAGUUUGUGUUCAUCUGUUAGGCAGGAGAUUGAACUUGUAGAGUUAAGGUAUUUUGAGAAGUUGCAUGAUCACACCUUGACAACAUAGUAAACCCAGUGAAACGAGUUAACCCGCUGUGCAGGCACUUACCUUAGUACGUGGUAACCUCCUUCCCCUUGUGCUGGGGAGGUGGAAGCUGUUGAGCCUUCUGGAUUUUUUAGUAAGGCCUUAUGCUAGUGUGAGUGACUAAAUUAAAGCUGUGUGGGGAAAGCAGCAUGUGGAAGUGACCUACCCACUACGUUUGCCUUAGCUGGGAAGGGCAGCAAGGUCAGCAGCUUGUUCUGGGUCAUUCCAUCAGGCAGGAGUUCAUUACCUGAAGUGCCUUUCAGAGCUGCCCUAGGUUUGCUGUCCCUGUUAGAAUAAAAAAUCACGUUCAUCUGAAACCACUUCUGAUUGUUGUAAAUGAGACAAAGUCCUCCUUUAGAGACUCUGGAAUGAAGAACUGCUGUUAAGCUGCCAAGUAACUGGGUUUCUUGGCUUAGUUUGCUCUGUCCAAUUAUCUGGGCCAGCAUCUCCCCUUGGAGCCAUCAGCAGCUGCAUGUGUGCAUUAAUGGGAGUGUCUUACCUGUCCCCAUGGCUCUGGGGUAGUUCUGUCACCUCUCUGGAGUUACAGAAUUCUUGCAGUGGGUGCAGGUGGUGAGCACUGCAUUUCCUUGCUGUCUGCAGGGGUGCUGGCCCAGCAGGUUGGUGUCAUUGGCCUUACCAGUGAAAUGAUGCUAAAGCCUGGAAUGUAAUUAGUGCAGCUUUGUGAAAGGUUGAGUGGGAGAUGACAUUACCUUUCCUUGAGAGUGCUUUGCAAAAUCAAAUAUUUGAACACUUAGUUUGAACUGAAUGAAGGGUGCUUCUUUAAUGUUAAGCAGAAUUUUCUUACUUUGCCUUUUGUCCUUUGAGACUUUGGGUUUGGUUUUUGUUUGGGUUUUUUUGGAACUCCUGUCACCAGCAUACCAUGAUACAUGUUUUGAUAUCACAGCCUUAUUCACUAGUCAAAAAUACUUGUGCCCUUUCUAGAUCUGACAUUUCUAGGCAGGAUGGGAGAGAGAUCUGUUCAUUUGGUAGUGAGAUACCUGUUCUACAUCACCUGCUUCCUCUCCUGUCCCUGUUUACAGCUUCAUCCUUCUCAACAGGGAUCAGUUGUGUCAGUAUUUGUACAGAGCAAUGACAGCAAUUAAAUAUUUGUCUGAAAUUUGGUGCAGAGACAGAUUCCACACUUCAUGCAUUAUAGCAAGGUGGAAUGUGUGUUCAGGAGCUGCUCUGCACCAAACUGAAAAGUCAGGGGAAAAGUCAAGAAGAGCAAGAGAAGGAUCCUGAAUGAACCUGAACUCUGUAAUGAACUCAGUUUAUGUGAUGUGUCUCAAAAGAUUGACCUGUAUAAGCAGCAAUCAGUUAUGUGGCCAACGUGAAGUUGCCUCCUAUGACCUCAUUUUAGCUGUUAAGAAUCUGCCUCUGUAGAAUUUUUUAAUUAUUUUUUUUUUCUUGGAACCAGGGAAUUCUUACUGCAGAAUGUGUAUUAAUCCUGGGGAGCAUAUGAUGGAAGAAUGUCAAUGAGGGGGAACAGAAUCUGAAAGAUUGUGAAUAAAUCCUCCUCUCUCAACUGGAGUGUGAGGCCCUGCUGAAUACCAGAGGGGAGACCUUGCAAAAUAAAAUCUGCCUUUGGUGCUCUGGCAGGAGAGGGGUGAUUCUUAAAGCAUCUUUUAAAUUAUUUUAGGCAAUGGCUGAGGUUUAUGACAGAUGAAACAAGAAAGAGAAAUGUCCUUUGGUUCAGGGGAGAUAAGUGAAUGUGGGUUUCAUGUAUUUCUAGUGAGUUUUUUAGAGAAUAAAUGUUAAGCUUUUGCUGUACCAAUGGAAUGGAAAAGGGAUGCAGUUCUGAAGUGUUCUGAUGUAGAAGACUUUAUACCACAAGGGAAACUUUAACCCAACUCCUAAGGCACAGGAAUUUAUGCCAGCAGGAAUUUGCUGCAGGCUUCAUUUGCUGAAUGUUUUAGAGCAUACACUUUAAUUUCAGCUAACUGUUGUUAGGGCUGAUUGGUUCUCCUAUUAAUCCUGACCAAAUUUUACUUUUUCCUUUUAAGAUGUGUGUUUGAAACACGAUUAACUAGGAUGCAGCUAACGAAGUUGUAAAACCUGUUUCCUUUUUUAUUGUAGGGAUAUGGGAAAAAUCGCAGCUGGUACUAGGAUGUGUCGUCAGGUUUUGAUUUCUACCCAUAACUUCAUAAUUUCAAAUUAAUUUUUAAUUUCCCCCUUUUAAAUAGUGAAACGUAAUUAAUAAUUUCAAGCCUGUUUAUUUAUGACAUUAUUGUGAUCUUUUUUUUUUUUUAUUACAGUACUAAAGACUAAUGAAAAAGGAUCCUCUUAUUAGGUGGAGUAGACCUUGCAUUUAUUUUUUUUCCUGCAAUGUAUGAAGUAUUGUACCAGAGUAUUAAAUGAAAUGUAAUAUUUUAUUGAAAAAUCUCUAUCCUUUAAAAGGAAUACAUUUAGGAUGUCAUCAAUUUGAUGUGAAUCAUGUAAAUGUUGAUAAUGUGCUGUUUAUUAUACAUCUAGUGUUUCAAAAGACUCACUUAUUGCCUUUUGCCCACAUCCAUUCUGUAGACCAUUUACAAUUGUCAAAAUGUGACAUUAAAAUAAUAGUUCCUGUAUAGAAA